AUGGUGAAUCUCGAAUGUUAUUCGAAAUCACCUCUUUCCUUCUACAAUGAUCGUUCACGUUUCCUUAGUAAAAUGAAUUCAUCUGUUAAUCUUUAUGCUUAUUUAACGACAAAUAUUUCCAACAAUAACAAUACCUUUUCCAAUUCAUUGGAUGAUGAUAGUAGUGAUAACGAUCUAUCAACUGACACCAAUCCAUUUACAAUGGCAAGUUCGGAAAGUAGCGACAGCGCCAUCGUGUCCGAUGAAAUCGAUGAUUUAGAUCUUUCUAAUCAUCAACAGAAUGACGCCUGGGCAGAACAACUUGAUAGAACGGUCCUGUCAUUUACGUCUCUAUCGGAAUCCUUCUAUUUACUCAAUCAAAUCGAGCAACAGAAUAUCUACGAUAAUUGCACAUCGGUUUCCAAAUAUAGACGUCCAUUACCUCGAACGAGUCCUGCUCAAAGUUAUUUUUCGUCGAAUAAGGAUUAUGUGACGGUUGUUCGUGAAUUAGCACAAUUACGUGAACAAUUACAUGAUAAAGAAGAUGAAGUCACUGAACUGAAAGCCGAACGAAAUAACACACGUUUACUUUUAGAACAUUUGGAACAGCUUGUUGCUCGUCAUGAACGUUCGAUUCGUACUACAGUUAUGCGUAGACAAGCUCAAGGUGUUUCGUCCGAAGUUGAAGUGCUUAAAGCACUCAAAUCUCUAUUUGAACAUCAUAAAGCCCUAGAUGAAAAAGUACGAGAGCGAUUAAAGAUCGAGAUUGAAAAAAAUAUACAACUUAAAGAUGAACUUGAACGAACAAAGAAUGAACUUGCUGGUGUUCGUGAGACUCAAUCAUCAAAGCUAAUUGACGUCGAUCAAUUAAAAAUUAUGUCGAACGGAACGAUUGAUCCUGAGUCGUUAUCAGGAAAGUUGAUUGAAAUGCAAGAGUUAAUGGAUAAUCAAUGUAACGAAUUAAUCACAGCUCGUGCACGAAUUCAUGAGCUAACAAAUCGAAAUAAAGAGUUGGAAGAACGUGCGUGUUUGUUCCAACGUGAUCUAUCACAUACGCAAGAUCAAGCAACGAAGUAUCAACGUGAUUUAAAAGAAUCUCAGGCACAAAAAGAAGAUCAGGAAGAGCGAAUAUCGACAUUAGAAAAGCGCUAUUUAAGUCUGCAAAAAGAAACUGCACAUUUAACGGAAUUCAAUAAUCGAUUAGAAACAGAAUUAGCUGCGAAAGAAACUCAACUUCAACAUACAGAAGAGAAAUAUCAAAAUCUUCUCGAUAGACAAGAAUUAUUAGAGCAGCGGCUACAAAAUCAAGGCGAUCUUGAUUCAUCACAGAAACUCAACGGAAGUUCAUCAUCAUCGAAUAAUGACGAAAAAUUACAUCAAUUACAGAGCGAAUACGAUGAUUUGAAAAUCGAAUUAACACGCGCUCGUCAACGUGAAAAAGUCACCGAUGAACACAAUGCUCGGUUAUCGACGACUGUGGAUAAGUUACUCGCUGAGUCAAAUGAACGUUUGCAAAGUCAACUGAAGGAACGUAUGCAAUUUCUCGAAGAAAAGAAUAGCAUGGCACAAGAAAGUGAAAAAUUGAAAAAACAACUGGAAGAAACACAAAGCGAACGAAGAAAAUUAUUGGAUAAUAUUGAUAAACUGAAAAUUGAACUUGAUAAUGUGAGAAAAGAAUUACAGAAUUUGAAACAACAGAAGAGUGAAAUAUCGCUCAAUUCGGUACAAUCCAAUGUGGUUAACAUUUCACAGCCAAUUCCUAUUUCGCCCGAUUCACUAAAUAGACGGCGAGUUCUCACUGUUCCAACAAUCAACGAUCAUCUAUUCAAAACAUCCGAAGCGGAUUGGGAUACAAUCGAUCAAGCUCAAGUGAUAAAUGAUGUUCGUCUCGCAUUUGAAUCAUCCGAUGUCGAAUUAACGACGGAUGAUGAAGAUUCUCUUUAUCAACAUCAUCAUCCGGUGACAAACAAUAAUGGUGCGACACAUCCUCAUACAGGUGAUGCACAGACGCUCGCACUUGCUUUACAAGAACAACUCGACGCGAUAAAUAACGAAAUUCGACUGAUUCAAGCCGAAAAAGUCAAUGCAGAACUACGCGCCGAAGAACUUGAAUCACGUGUCGUCGGAAAUUCAGUUUAUCGACUUGAUGAUGAAGACGAUGAAGAAAAUGAUGAUGACGAUGGUACUGGACUAACAUUUCAACAUCACGCGAUAACUAAUGGAACUAACCAUCAUUUUCAUCCACAAAUCUCACAACGUUAUCUAAGAAAUUCUUCGCCGACAACAGCAUUGAAUGCGCAUGCAAACUUCUCAGGACGAUUUCCUCCUCGUACGUCAUCCAUAUCACCAACUGCGCAGAAUUAUAAAUACAACACCGCUCCUUCCGGCAUGUCUCCUUCGCAGAUGUAUACAUUAGAAAGCAAUGGUUAUGAGCAAACUACGCGCCAUCAAUCUCCUCGUUCCUUCCGCAAUGAUUUUAGCACCUCUUCACGCUAUUUAAAAUGUGACUCAAGUCCACCUGUAACCCCUACUCGAACAGCGACCAGUAUUCGAACAGCUACGCCUCAUCAUAUCUAUCAAUCAUCUGCAAGUAUUCACAAUCAAUAUCGACUCAAUACAACACCCUCGAGAACAAACACACUUCAUCUCGACGAUAAUACUCGACAUCCCUUCUCUAAUCCUUCUUCUCGCCAUCUUGCGUCGUUAGCUCAUCAGGACUCUCCUAGUCCAAUAAGUUCGCAAAACUCAACAUCAGGUGAUGAUAUUUAUAAUCGCACUCAACUGCAUAAUAAAAAGAAAGGUCUUCGAAAUUCACUCGGUCGUCUGUUCACACGAAAACCAGAUUUGCCUGAUAACAAGCCAAACUACGAUACUCUUCAACAACCAACUUAUACUAACCACGCUUCACCUGUACCAACGGAUAACAAUGAAAUUCUCGAGCCGACAAGCACUUCAGUAAUCAGUUUAAGUACAACUGAAUUCGACCGGCGAUUGAAAAAGAAACAAGAACUACUCGAAGAAGCCAUAAGAAAUAAGCGAUCCUUUGCCUCGUGGGAUGGUGUAACAGUUGUUGCCUGGCUUGAAUUAUGGGUUAAAAUGCCAGCAUGGUAUGUCGCUGCAUGCCGAGCCAACGUUAAAUCAGGUGCUAUUAUGUCCGAAUUAAAUGAAGAAGAAAUUCAACGACAAAUUGGUAUUAGUAAUCCAUUACAUCGAUUGAAACUACGAUUAGCUAUUCAAGAAGUGUUAAACUUAACUUCACCCAAUGGUCCGCGAACAUCAGUUACUCCGUUAACUUUUGGUGAAAUGGACCAUGAAUGGAUCGGUAAUGAAUGGUUACCAAGUUUGGGCUUACCACAGUAUCGUUCCUAUUUCAUGGAAUGUCUCGUAGAUGCAAGAAUGCUCGAGCAUUUGAAUAAGAAAGAUUUGAGUAAACAACUAAGAAUGGUAGAUAGUUUCCAUCGAACAAGUUUUCACUAUGGUAUUAUGGUAUUAAAACGUGUUAACUAUGAUAAAAAGGAGAUUGAGCGAAGACGCGAACAAUCGAUCACUGAAAAUCAUGAUGUUAUCAUGUGGACAAAUGAUCGAGUUAUUCAAUGGCUAUCAUCGAUUAGCGGAUUGAAAGAUUACGCAAAUAAUUUAACUGAAACGGGUGUACAUGGUGGAUUGAUCGCACUUGACGAAACUUUCGAUGCUAAUGCGUUAGCGCUUGCUCUGCAAAUUCCAAGCCAACAAACAAUCACUCGUCAGAUUCUCGAACGAGAAUUUCGUCUUCUAAUUGCAAAUGGUACAGAUCGUAAAAUGGAUGAAAACGAUCGAGCAAAACUGAAACGUCAUCCGUCAUUGUUUUCGCGUAAAUUGAAACUAAAGACAGUUAACGGAGAUAUGACACAUCACAAUGGCAAUGAUGUGGUCUCGAAUAUGACUCCAAAUGAUGAACCAUGA